AUGCCGAAAGAUAUGAAUACGAUUUCACAUCGAGAUUUUCAAAGUAACAUAAACCAAAUCAGUGGUCCGCAGCGAUGUUCUCAUUUCAUGGUUUCCGUAGGCCACGUCAUUGUCGCCCAGCGAGGACUAUGGACGGAUUUAGCUGGUCGUGGUCUGUUAACUUUGAAACUGUCUGGUUGUGGCGCUUUUGUUGUAGUUGUGGUUAUGUUACUACUGGUCGGUAUUCUAAUUCGAUUGCAGCGGAAGUCCACGGUUUUGGGCAAUUUUGGCACUAAUUAUCUGUGGCUUAGUUUUCCAGCAAAGCUUAGUCCAUCUGUACAGCAUUUUCUUCGUUUGUUUGUUUUGUUUGAUACGUGA